GUAAUUGAUCAAACCAUCAAAACACAUACACAAUAUUCAUACUCAUUAAGCAAACCAUGAGUCCCGUUUUAUCCCUAACCCUUUCUUUCUUCCUUUUUACUUUCAUCACCAAUCUCUCACCAAACAACGCUGUUCAACCAGUAUUUGACAAACAUGGUAACCCUCUUACCCCUGGUAACCAAUACUACAUUUUACCAGCAAGUGAUAACCCUAGCAGUGGAGGACUAACCCUAGACAAAGUUGGUGAUUCAGUGUGUCCACUAACUGUCCUACAAAAUAAUGCUGUAACUGGUUUACCAGUUAAAUUCACCAUACUAGAAAACAGCACUAGUAACAUCGUUACCGGUACCGAUCUUGAGAUCGAGUUCAUUAACAAGCCAGAUUGUGCUGAAUCUUCCAAAUGGUUGAUGGUUGUUGAUCAUGUCACUCAACUAAGUUUUGUUGGUAUUGGUGGUCCUGCAAACUAUCCUGGUGUAGAAUUAAUUAGUGGAAAAUUUUUAAUUUUGAAACAUGGAUCUGGUAAUGCUUAUAGGGUUGGAUUUUGUUUGGAUACAACAGGUGAUUGUGCUUAUCUUGGAUUACAAGAGUUUAAUUCUGGUGAAGGUGGAUCACGUUUGAUUUUGACUGCAAUUAAUGCUUAUUCUGUUGUAUUUGUUGAUGCUGCUUCUAUUAAAUCUGGAAAUAGUGCAAAUAGUGCAUUACCUAUUUAGUAUGGGUUUUAAUGAAUAAGUGGAGUAAUUGUAUUUAUUCCUUUCUUAUGAUGAAUAAUUGUACUUGUUUUGAUCAAAGAAGUUGAUCUUGUAUUCCAUUAUCCUAUCUUUUUA